AUGAAUGACACGAGCGUAUAUAAAACCAUUUCUCGUGUUCAAGUUAUCCCAAGAAAGACAUUCCGCCUAACUUAUACAGAAGCUAAGUUUAGUAUUUUUUUUCAUGUUUUCACAAAUGAAAGAUGCGUUAAUGGUACCCUACGUCUCUAUGGUCUUUGCCCUUUGGCCGAUGCUUGGAGGAGUAGUCGCAGAAUGAAUCACUAUGACUCGUUACAUGAUUAUUUUGUAAUGGCUCUUAGUGCCGACGUCUGGACCUCUCUUCCAGUGUACUUAACAAUAUCAGUAUCCUACGUCUCUAUGGUCUUUGCCCUUUGGCCGAUGCUUGGAGGAGUAGUCGCAGAAUGA